CAGCAAAACGACUAGUGUUUUUCUCUUAUUCUAGGUACAACAUUUAUUUGAACAACGUUCCCGAUGCCUGCACGAAAAGGACUUUUAGCUCCACAGAAUACAUUUCUCGAUACAAUAGCAACACGUUUUGAUGGCACUCAUAGUAAUUUCGUUUUGGGAAAUGCACAAGUACCAACUUUAUAUCCAAUUGUAUACUGUUCAGAUGGAUUUUGUGAACUUACUGGUUUUGCACGGGCACAGAUUAUGCAAAAAGGAUGUGCAUGUAAAUUUUUAUAUGGACCAGAUACGAAGGAUGAACAUAAAACACAAAUUGAUAAAUCGUUAGAAUGUAAAAAUGAAUUAAAAUUAGAAGUAAUUUUUUAUAAAAAAAAUGGAACUCCAUUUUGGUGCUUGCUUGACAUUGUGCCAAUUAAAAAUGAAAAACGGGAGGUGGUUUUAUUUUUGGCAUCACAUAAAGAUAUCACACACACAAAAAUGGAAGAAAUGUCUAGUUCGGAAGCGUAUGACAGUGACGCUAAUGGUAACCUGGAUCCUGAAGCACCACCAGCAAACUAUGGACGACGCAGAAGCAGAGCUGUAUUGUAUCAACUGUCCGGCCACUACAAACAAGACAAAAUCAAAACGAAACUCAAAUUGAAUAAUAAUCUAUUAAGUUCAUCGGCUGCACCAUUACCAGAAUAUAAAACAUCGGCAGUGAAAAAAUCUCGUUUUAUUUUAUCACAUUAUGGAUAUUUUAAAACAUGUUGGGAUUGGUUAAUAUUAAUUGCAACAUUUUAUGUUGCAAUUGUUGUACCAUACAAUGCAAGUUUUAUUAGUCAUGAUCGACCAUCAAUGAUUAGUGACGUUGUUGUUGAAGCACUAUUUAUAAUUGAUAUUAUAUUGAAUUUCCGUACAACAUUUGUAAGUAGAAAAGGUGAAGUGGUAUCGAAUUCACGUUUAAUUGCACUUAACUAUGUCAAGAGCUGGUUUAUUGUUGAUCUACUUGCAGCAUUACCAUUUGAUUUACUUUAUGCAUCACAAGUUUAUGACGGACAUGGGCACAUUCACCUUGUUAAAUUGACUAGACUAUUACGACUUGCCCGUUUAUUACAAAAAAUGGAUCGCUAUUCACAAUACAGUGCAAUGAUCUUAACAUUGUUAAUGUUAUCAUUUACAUUGGUUGCACAUUGGCUAGCAUGCAUUUGGUAUGUGAUUGCAGAAAAGGAGCGACAACAGUUUCCGAAGAAUCGCAUUGGGUGGAUUCAUACUUUAGCUGAGCGUUUAAAAAUAUCAGUGAAUAACGUAUCACAUAGUGAAUCAUAUAUAACAGCUUUAUAUUUUACAUGUUCAAGUUUAACAAGUGUUGGCUUUGGUAACGUCUCAGCAAAUACAACUUCAGAAAAAGUAUUUAGUAUAUGCACAAUGUUAAUUGGAGCAUUGAUGCAUGCUGUGGUGUUCGGUAACGUAACAGCUAUCAUUCAACGAAUGUAUUCACGACGAUCAUUGUACCAAACUAAAUGGCGUGACUUAAAAGACUUUCUUACGCUUCAUCAAAUACCCAAAGAGUUGAAACAACGUAUGCAGGAUUAUUUUCAAACGAUGUGGUCCCUGAAUCAUGGUAUUGAUAUUCAUGAGACACUUAAAGAGUUUCCAGAAGAAUUACGUGGCGAUGUCUCAAUGCAUUUGCAUAGAGAAAUCUUACAAUUACCAAUAUUUGAAGCAGCUUCACAAGGAUGCUUAAAACUACUAUCAUUGCAUAUACGAACAAAUUUUUGUGCGCCAGGAGAAUAUCUAAUUCAUAAAGGAGAUGCACUCGGAUACAUUUACUACAUUUGUAAUGGUUCUAUGGAAGUUGUACAAAAUAGUAUGGUUGUUGCUAUACUUGGUAAAGGUGAUUUAGUUGGCAGUGAUAUAACAAUGCAUUUACAACAAUAUGGUAACAAUGGUGGCGCUGGUGUUGGAGGUGGUGGUACACAACAAUGUGGUGGAGGUGGUGCUAAUAGUGAUAUAAUUGUAAAAUCAAGCAGUGAUGUUCGUGCAUUAACAUAUUGUGAUUUAAAAUGUAUAAAUAUACAAGGUCUAAUUGAUUGUUUACGAUUAUAUCCAGAAUAUCAACAAGAGUUUGGUAAUGAUAUUCAACAUGAUUUAACGUAUAAUUUACGUGAAGGAUAUGAAGCUGAGCAAGAGUCGGAAAUGAAUGGUGUUAUGUCAUUAACAUUACCCUCAAUUAGUGAAGAUGAUGAGAAUGCUCCGGAAGAGGGUGAGACAUCGCCCUUAUCACCGAAUCGUUCACCAUUACAUGCAGCAUCCACAGUAUCAACUAACAGUCCACGACAUGCUAAAUUUAAUCUCAGUCGACUUGAAGAAUUACGGGGAGAAGGAGGUCGACGAGGACGAGCCGGUUCUUUAGCAUUGGUACGUGAACGUGUUGAACGACAACGAAGUGUAGUGGUACCACCACCUUUUUAUGAUCGACAAAGUGGCACACCUCCCACUAGUUCUUUAGACGGAUUAAAUCUCGAACUACGUGGUGAAGUUGAAUUAACUCGAAAUAGUGUUGAACGACUUGAUACACAAGUUUCAACAUUACAUCAAGACGUAGCGACACUCAGUAUAGAGGUUCGUAAUGCAAUACAAGCACUGCAAGAAAUGACCACCCCAUCAACAUUUGGUUCAGUGUCAUCACAUUAUCCAGCACAUUCAAAUCCGAAUUUACAACAGUUUCCAGCAAGGAAGCCUAUAUUAGAUGGUUUGCUAGCUCGAAGUUCAUCGCAACCACCCGAUGUAUUUUGCUGGGACGAAAGCUCUCUACACUCAGAAAUUUCAGAAAUGAAACCAUUCAAAAUGAUUCGCACUGUUGAAGAUGCCAACACUCAAACAGAUGAAUUCAACACACAAUAUAUCGAAGAGUAUGUGUUAAAAAAUCCUCGCCACAUUUUAGAAUUAUUAGGAUUAGCCCCGGAAAGCUAUGUAACAACACUACCAGCUAAAAUUGACGAAGAAGAUGAAGAAGAAGAGGAAGAUGAGGAAGAUGAAUUAAAAGAAUUAUUAAUAAAAUCACCACCUGCUCCGGAAAUUACAAAGAUUUCACCAACACAAAAUAGCAAUUCAUACACGAAUAAUGUUAAACAUAAUAAAAAUGAUGUAGAAUUGGGAUUAUCGGAGGCUAGUUGGAUAUCAAAACAUGAAAACAUGUGGCAAACAAAUCAUAUACCAUCACAUAGAUAUAGUGCAGGAGAUGCAGAAAAAUCAACACUUUUAUACAAAACGGAAAAUUCUCUUCCAUCUACACAUUCUAUGAAAUUUUAUCCAUCAGAAAAAAGCUGA